AUGCCGUCUCCUGCGUGUGACCGAUGCCAUUCGAUCAAAGCCCGCUGUUUAGCGGGCCCCGCGGACAGCUGUUAUCGCUGCUAUCGUCUGAAGCAUACUUGCACUUAUUCCAGGCGUCGUGAAAAACGAGGCCGCAAGCCAAAACUCACUACUCCUGAUGAGUCAGUGCAUGUGUCAGGUGGCAGAUUGGAUUCACCGUCACCAUCGCCCAGCUCGCCAGAUCAAUUCAUCGAAGACUCAGAUCAACAGCCGAAAGAGGAAGAAGAGGACGCCGAAUCUACACAAAAGCCAAAUCUCGCAAAGAUCUUAUUCCAACAGGGUAUCAUUUCCCAAGCCUUAGAAUGCUCUGUAUUCCAAGUAUGCGCCUUCCUCUCAUUUGGCCCUCGCCUCAGCUCUGAAAUGAGCCAAAUGGUCUUAACCCGUAGGGAAGAAGCCCCUACACUUCUUUUAGAUCCAUAUGAGGCAGUUGCUCGCGUGUUAUACCGCUGCAUGACAAACCAGACUCCCUGUAGCAAUGCAGAGUGGUCAAAAGGUGCAUCCGCUCUUCAAAGUCUGCGGAACGCGCGGAUAACCAAGGCUGACUAUGUGGGCGGCUUCUUGGCUUUGGGAGCAAGCCUGGUGACUUUCCACCGCUUGAUAUCUGGCGUGUCGGCUAGCACGAUUUGCAGACAUACCCUGUCUCUCAUUCGGCCAUUAUAUUAUGCGGACCAAGUACGAGAGUUCGAUAUGAAAGAGCUCUUGUGCCUGAUAUAUUUGGACACUACCCAGUCCCUCUUUCGAGCUUGGGUCCCCGUGAUUGAAUACAGCGUCCGAGAUCCCUAUCUCGUCAAUCAUCAUGCGGGCCUCUGCGGUCCGCUGCUUCCACUUCUUUACCGUGUUUGUAUCUUGGGAGCGGCGGUUCGUACUGGGCAUGGCGAUAAAGUCACCCCUCGUGACUUCGAGUGCCUCACAAAGGAACUCACAGCAUGGUCACCGAACGUGUCGAAAGAUACUUUAGAACGCUUCUCGGACCAAGAAAUGCUUCUUCUCCUUACACAGGCAAACCUUCAUCGCACCGCGGCACUUCUUCUUUUACAUCGGCUCCAGUAUCCAUUCGGGGAACGAGACGCCGAAGCAGAAUACCUAUCGCGGUUAAUAGUGACUGAAAUGAUUCACUGCUUGGAUGGAGCUAGCCAAUUUCCACCCAAUAUUACACUAGCCCUACUGCUGGCGGGGGCAGAGGUACAUGACCAGGAGGGAAGAGAGCGCAUUCUAUCAUUGAUUACCUCAAUAAAGGGCGCAUAUUUUUACCCUUUUGUUUCAAAUCUUCGCAUGUUCCUCGCCCGCGUUUGGGGUGCCAGGGACCAGGGGACCGCGCGAUACCUUUUCCGUCUUAUUGAAGAUGACCCAGAAUUGAGUGUGCCGCUAUAA